AUGGAACCCAAAGAAAUACCUGCUGUGCCCUGCUGCCCCUCUGACUCCGAAUGCACCACAGGGCGUGAGACUGGAGCCCCGUGGGGGAUUGAACUUGGCCCCAGAAGAGCUAUAGGUCGCUGUGACCGCUGCCACAACCAUGGCAUCACUACCCAAAUCAGGGGCCACAAGCAUUUCUGCCUCUUCCAGGCCUGCAAGUGUCACAAUUGUGCCCUCUUCUCGGAGCACCGCAGGAUCUUGCCUGCUGUGAGUGCCUUGAAGAGGGGGCAGCGGGCUCGGCUAAAGAGGCACCUGGCUCGAGGACUGAUAAGGAGUAUGGCUGCCCCUCCCAAAGGUCACACCCAUGCCAAGAAUUUGCCCGUGGAAGGAGAAGUCCUCACUGGGAAGGAGAGCAACGUGCUGCAGCCUGAGGCCCACAUCCGCACAACCCCCGAGGAGGAGAGCUCCCCAGGGGCUCUGCUGCUCGACAAGCCCCCAGAACAUUUGUCUCUGCCCUGCACUCCAGCGACCUUGGAGCAGCAACUGACGGUUUCUCUUUCCGGGGAGCCCCACGGGCCUCUUGCCCUGCUCAGCAUAUGCUCAACUCUGAUCCUCCAGCCCUGUGCCACCCUUGACCCUCUUCUACUGCAGCCACAGGCCCCCAAAGCCUCGGACCAGGCUGCGGUUUCUGCCUCCUUAGAGUGGCAGCGGAAGCUGGAGGCCGCUGAGGCUCUGCUGACUCUGAGAGACUCUUCCCAGGCCCCUUCGGACUCCAUCUCCCUGCACCAGCCCUGCGGCCCACCAGCUCCUGCUGGAGAUAAAGGACUCCAGCCUCCCAGCCCCUCUCUCCACCCCAGGCCAGCCAGCUCCCUCUCGCUGCCUAUUGGACAUCUGGGGUGCAUCUCCCUCUUGAGCUAG